CUUGAGUCUAUUCUUUACUUUUUCUCUUUUCGUUUAAACGAUCCUUUCCUCCCACUCCUUUUUUUUCGACUCUUUCCUACUCCUUUGUUUGGAUAUUCCAAUCUCAAUCGUGGUCGUUCCCUUGCCUGCGUCCCCCUCCCCCUCUUUGCGCGCGGCCGGUCGAUCGUACAACAUCUGCAGACCCUUUGACGUAACCACCCUCUUUUCGACUUCCUCCACUGCGCUGCCACGGGGUUGAGUCACUGGCAUCAUGGCUAUCCAUGAUGUCGGCCUGCAAGGCCUUCAUCACUUAGCUGGACGGACCACCAGUGAGGAUGUGCAAGGUGCUUCCAACUCGGCCUCCGGCCUGGUUUCGACCUUGGUCCCCUCCUUGAUUGUGGCCGUGGCCAUGGUCAUUGGCUUCAUUAUCUUGCGACGCAGGGAAUUCCGCAUGUACAUGCCUCGAACCUACCUGGGAGUUUUGCGCCCCUCGGAACGUACUCCCGCUUCGCCUACCGGCCUGUGGAAUUGGAUCCUGCAGAUGUACCGGUUACCCGACGAAUAUGUUUUGCAGCACCACUCCAUGGAUGCGUACCUGCUAUUGCGCUUUCUGAAAGUCGUUUCGACGAUCUGCUUCGUCGGAGUGUUGAUGACCUGGCCCAUCUUGUGGCCGGUCAAUGCAACGGGCGGCGGUGGAAGAUCGCAAAUGGAUAUCCUGAGCAUGUCAAACGUCAGCUCCGAUAAAUACGCGCGCUACUUUGCUCAUGCGUUCGUCGCAUGGUUGUUUGUCGGGUUCGUCUUCUUCACCAUCACUCGCGAGUGCAUUUUCUAUAUCAACCUGCGCCACGCCUAUGCCCUCUCUCCCGCCUACGCCAGCCGUCUCUCAUCCCGGACCGUACUCUUUACCGCUGUCACGCAAGAUUAUCUGAACCGCGACAAGAUUCGACAGAUGUUCGGACCGGAGAAAGUGAAGACUGUGUGGCUGACGACCAACACCAGCGAACUGGACGACAAGGUGGCUGCGCGCGAUGAUGCUGCUAUGAAGCUGGAGGCCGCGGAAACGAAGCUCAUCAAGCUGGCAAACGCCGCUCGGCUCAAGGCCCUGAAGAAGAAUGGAAACGCGGAGGAUGGCCAGACCGCCGACGAUACUCUGUGCAACGAUUCCGACGAUGAAUCUGGCUCGGUUGCUGCCCGCUGGGUCAGGCCCUCGGACCGUCCCACACAUCGUCUCACGUUCCUCGUCGGCAAGAAGGUAGAUACGAUCAACUGGGCGAGAUCGGAGAUCGAGCGUCUUACUCCGGAAAUCGAGGAGCUCCAGGCCAAACAUCGGGCUGGUGAUGCGGACCUGGUUUCGUCGGUCUUUGUUGAGUUCCACACCCAGAUCGAUGCCCAGUUGGCUUUCCAGUCUGUGGCCCACAAUGCCCCCAUGCGCAUGGCGCCUCGUUACAUCGGUCUGGAGCCCACCCAGGUCAUCUGGUCCAACUUGCGCAUUAAAUGGUGGGAGCGGCUCAUCCGCUACUGUGGAACCAUCGCAUUUGUGGUCGCCCUGAUUGUUUUCUGGGCUAUCCCCACUGCGGUUGUUGGUACCAUCUCGAACAUCAACUACAUUGUCGACAAGGUCCCCUUCCUUGGCUUUAUUGAGGACGUGCCAAGCUGGAUUCUGGGUGUUAUUACGUCCCUUCUGCCUACCAUCCUGAUGUCCGUGCUCAUGGCGUUGCUGCCCAUUAUCCUCCGAUUGGCGGCAAAACUCGGCGGUGCCCCUACCUCGGCCGCGGUGGAGUUGACCACGCAGAAUUUCUACUUCGCCUUCCAGGUGAUCCAGGUUUUCCUGGUUGUCACUCUUGCAUCCUCUGCCUCGAGUGUCGUCACCAAGAUCAUCAACCAGCCCACUUCGGCUGCCUCCCUGUUGGCGGAGAAUAUUCCCACGGCUUCCAACUUCUACAUUUCCUACAUUGUUUUGCAGGGAUUGUCUUUCAGCGCCGGCGCCUUGCUGCAGAUCAGUGGCUUGGUUCUCGGCAAGGUUCUGGGGAAGCUGUUGGAUAGCACCCCCCGGAAGAUGUACACUCGCUGGUCCAGCCUUUCGGGUCUCGGCUGGGGAACCGUGUAUCCCGUGUUCACCCUUCUCGCCGUCAUUGCUAUUGUCUAUUCGUGCAUCGCACCUCUCGUGCUCGGGUUCGCCACCAUCGGUCUUUACCUGUUCUAUUUCGCCUACCGCUACAACAUGCUCUAUGUCACGAAUGCCGAUAUCGACACCCAGGGCAAGGCCUACGUCCAAGCCCUGAAGCAUCUGACGGUGGGCUGCUAUCUGCUGAUGGUUUGCCUGAUCGGUCUCUUCGCUAUCGGAACCGCUGCCAACACCAUUGCCCUGGGACCCCUGAUUCUUCUGAUCAUCCUUUUGAUUGCCUGUGUUCUCUACCACGUGGCCCUCAACAGCGCACUGGAGCCUCUCAUCAACUACCUGCCGAAGAACCUGGAAGCGGAAGAAGAAGCUCUGCUGUCUCGGGAGCAGACCAAGUUGAGUCACUCCGGGGAGGCGUCGGAUGAAGCUGUCGCGGGUGCCUCUGGGGCGCGGGACAGCGGGGUGGCCAACGUCGAUUCCGCCGAGAAGGGCCUGACCGUGACCGACAUCCCCGAGCAGCAGCCCAACUUCCUCCUCCGGUACCUCCGUCCGGAUAAGUACGACGGUUACGCGCAGAUGCGGCGCCUGGUGCCCAGCGCGCAGGAGGCCACCACGUAUUCUCCCGAGGUGGAGCGGGAUGCCUACUUCCCGCCUUCGAUCAAGGCCAAGCCUCCUCUGCUCUGGAUUCCUCGUGAUGAGCUGGGGGUGAGUCGCCAGGAGAUCAAGCACACGUCGCGUGUGAUUGAGAUCACGGACGAGGAUGCCUGGCUGGACGAGAAGAACAAUAUCUGCUGGGACCAAGACAAGGGUGUGCCUCCGAUCUUUUCGGAGAAGAUCUACUACUAGAUAAUUGCCUAUACCAACUUUCCACUGACAUGUGGAGGACAUCGGGACCUUUGUGUAUGAUUUUGGAGGAUGUUUAAGUGCUUGAUACCCAGGAUGGCAGGCGGGGGUGUCCCCGGCCUGACUCCGAGAUAAUACGCAUGUCCAUGUUAAUACUAAUUUAUGAGUUGUGAGUAAUGUUCCUGGUGCCUGGGGGUGUCUGGGGGUGCCUGAGGGAGGGCAUAUGCCAUAACGGCCGUGAUGUGAUAUACGGACUAGCCGCCUAAUGAGAUAUUGGAUGCA